CAAAGACCCCCCUUGGCCAUUUCUCUGCUGUUUCCUCUGUGUGGUGAGGGGAAAAGACCAGCCAUGCAGCCAGCGCAGGGUCGGGUGUCCUUCGAAGAGGUGGCUGUGCAUUUCUCCAAGGGGGAGUGGAGCCUGCUGAGCCCAGCGCAGCGAGCCCUGUACAAGGAAGUCAUGCUGGAGAAUUUUGGGACCGUGGCCUCUCUGGGACCUGAGAUUGCCAAACCUGACCUCAUUUCCAGGCUGGAAGGAGGAGAAGAGCCAUUUCUCCUGAUCGCUGAUGCCAAAGAGGGACUGGCAGGCCUUGGUCCCAAGUUGCUAGACCUCAGCGUCGAGCCUUGA